GUCUUUUUCGUGGCCAAAGUUUCGCGCUUAAUCUGAUGAGAGACGCUCACGUAAUAAUCCCCAAUCAUGUCUUUUAGGAGCCACCUUGAACAGGGAGAUCAGAGCCGGCGGGGGUGUUAAUGUUAUUCCCCCUUCCGGCGGAACUGUCCUCCCGCUCUCUGACAACACACCUUCCCGUCUAUCGAUAUUUAUUGAUCGGGGGUUUCGAUCGGAGCGGGUUCGCUGUUAAAUCUGCGACAUUCACUCGACGCCAGGUGGAAAACUCCAGCCGUUUCCAGAUGCUUCUCUACAGCGGCGGAGAGCGUUGCCAUUAGCCGCCGUAGCGGCGAGUGGGCGGUUCAGUGUGACGCUGCGGUUGCUGAUUGGCGCGAAGGUUCGCGUUGUUUCCAGAAGCUUCUGGGGUGAUUGGGGUCGGGUGUUUGUCCAGGCAACAUGUCUAAGGGACCAGCAGUUGGAAUUGAUCUUGGGACAACCUACUCAUGUGUAGGUGUCUUCCAACAUGGCAAAGUUGAAAUUAUUGCCAAUGACCAAGGCAACCGCACCACUCCAAGUUAUGUUGCCUUCACUGAUACAGAGAGACUGAUCGGUGAUGCAGCCAAGAAUCAGGUGGCUAUGAACCCAACCAACACUGUCUUUGAUGCCAAGCGCCUAAUUGGGCGUAGAUUUGAGGAUUCUGUUGUCCAAGCUGACAUGAAGCACUGGCCUUUCAAUGUAAUAAAUGAUGGUAGUCGUCCUAAAGUUCAGGUUGAAUACAAAGGUGAAAGCAAGUCUUUUUAUCCAGAGGAAAUUUCUUCAAUGGUGCUCACAAAAAUGAAAGAAAUUGCAGAAGCGUACCUUGGAAAGACUGUUACAAAUGUUGUUAUUACAGUUCCUGCUUAUUUUAAUGACUCUCAACGCCAGGCAACAAAAGAUGCUGGAACAAUUUCUGGACUUAAUGUCCUCCGUAUUAUAAAUGAGCCAACUGCUGCUGCCAUAGCUUAUGGCUUGGAUAAAAAGGUCGGUACUGAAAGAAAUGUCCUGAUUUUUGAUCUGGGUGGUGGUACUUUCGAUGUCUCCAUCUUGACCAUUGAAGAUGGAAUCUUUGAAGUCAAAUCUACAGCUGGUGACACUCACCUUGGUGGCGAAGACUUUGACAAUCGCAUGGUCAACCAUUUUAUUGCUGAAUUCAAACGUAAAAACAAAAAAGACAUUACCGACAACAAGAGAGCUGUUCGCCGUCUCCGCACUGCCUGUGAACGUGCAAAGCGUACACUGUCAUCCAGUACACAGGCUAGCAUUGAAAUUGACUCUCUGUACGAGGGUGUUGAUUUUUAUACCUCAAUCACUAGAGCACGAUUUGAAGAGCUCAAUGCUGACCUCUUCCGCGGCACUCUUGACCCUGUAGAGAAAUCCUUGCGAGAUGCCAAGUUUGACAAGGCUCAAAUCCAUGAUAUUGUGCUGGUUGGUGGAUCCACCCGCAUUCCCAAAAUCCAGAAGUUGUUGCAAGAUUUCUUCAAUGGCAAGGAAUUGAACAAGAGCAUCAAUCCUGACGAGGCUGUUGCAUAUGGUGCAGCUGUGCAGGCUGCCAUCUUGGCUGGUGACAAGUCAGAAAAUGUACAGGAUCUACUAUUAUUAGAUGUCACUCCUCUCUCUUUGGGCAUUGAGACAGCUGGCGGUGUGAUGACUGUCUUGAUCAAACGAAAUACUACCAUUCCAACAAAGCAAACACAGACAUUCACCACCUACUCUGACAACCAGCCAGGGGUGCUCAUUCAGGUAUUUGAGGGUGAGAGAGCAAUGACGAAAGAUAACAACUUGCUGGGCAAGUUUGAGCUGACUGGAAUUCCACCUGCUCCAAGGGGUGUGCCUCAAAUUGAGGUGACUUUUGAUAUUGAUGCCAAUGGUAUCUUGAAUGUGUCUGCAGUGGACAAGAGCACCGGAAAAGAAAACAAGAUCACCAUCACAAAUGACAAAGGUCGUUUAAGCAAAGAGGAUAUUGAACGUAUGGUCCAAGAGGCUGAGAAAUACAAAGCAGAAGAUGAACAGCAGCGUGAUAAAGUGUCUUCAAAGAACUCUCUUGAGUCCUAUGCAUUCAACAUGAAAGCUACCAUUGAAGAUGAGAAGCUAAAGGGCAGAAUAAGUGAUGAUGACAAGCAGAAGGUUCUGGACAAAUGUAAUGAAGUUAUCAACUGGCUGGACAAGAACCAGACUGCAGAAAAAGAUGAAUAUGAACAUCAACUGAAAGAAAUUGAGAAGAUCUGCAAUCCAAUCAUGGCCAAGUUAUAUCAGAAUGCUGGUGGUAUGCCAGAAGGCUUUCCUGCAGCUGGUGCUGCUCCUGGAGGAACAUCUGGACCAACUAUUGAAGAAGUUGACUAAGAUACAUGCAUCAUUAAUUUGCUUGUUAGUGUAUUGUAAUGUAAACAACUCAUUAUUGUUACUCAAUGUGGUGUAAGUUUAACGAGACUUUUAAAAACAUCUGGAUCAAUAAAUGUUGAGAAUGUGAUUGUCUUGUAGAAUGCGAAAAUUGCUUAAAAUGUUUAAACAAUCUCUUGUUCAGUUCCAAUGGAAGCUUUCUUCUCUGAACACUCCUGGUUUUUAAUUCUCUAAUUUGAAUGUCCACAUUUUCUAUUGGCGUUUCACUUCACAUCCACCUAAAUUAGAACUGCAUUAAAAUUCAGUAAAAAGGCAGCAACUAAAAUAUUAACUUCUCUCCACAGGGGUAGUUGCAUUAUUUGAUUUCUACUUUUUUUUUGUUUUUUUUUUCUUUAAGCUUGUUGGUUCUGCUUGAGAAGGUGGUUUAAGUUUGGAGUGAGUUUCAUUUGACAUCUUGAAACCUUUAAUGACUUUUUUCAAAUAAGCAGUUACUUUAGCGGAUGCUGCCCGACCUGCUGAGUUCAUCCAGCCUUUUUGUACGUCUUGAUUUGACCACAGCAUCUGCAGUGUACUUUGUGUUUAGCAACCCCACUACCUUUCCCCUAUCAUAUCCCUUGUGGACUUUGAUCUUGGAAUGGAACAUGAAGCUUUAGUCUAGCCAGUGCCUAAAUUUUAGAAUUAAAUUGACUUUAUUUUUUACAUCCUUCACAUGAGUAAGUCUUCACGAUACAUCUCAAUGUGCAGAUUAUAGUAAUUUGUAAUGAAUCAUAUGUAAGAAAGAAAGAUACAACAGAUUGAAUUCUGCCAUACUCUAGUAUAGAUUUUCUCAUUGCAAGUAAGUUAUGUUGUAACUUUUUAAUGUAAGAAACAACAGUUUUGAUCCUUCACAUUUAAAAGGGGCAGAUGUUACAUGGGGAAAAUUUCAUGAGAAGGGAAGGGAAGAGAAGGGACUGGGGAGUCAUUUUUAAAAAAAACUGAAUUUAGAGAGAAUUGUUAAAUAGUCCCCUCUCCCUUUUUACCUAGUAACAAAUCUCUCUACUGACCCAUUUCCUCGUACUUAACCCAUGGAUUUGCCUGCUUUGAAUGCCUGUGGGAGUGCCUACCCUCUGGGCAUAUUUUGUUUUGUUGGUCAGGUGGCAGUGAAAUAAGCUUUGUAAUUUCCUGUCAUUUAACCUACAAAUUAUUUCACCAGAUGGUACAAAUUACUGGUUACACAUCAGCU